UAUGGGUUGUUAAUGUUGUAAGGAUGAAGAAAGUGUUAAAGAUAGAAAAUAAAGUGAGUUACCAGAUAAUUGGAAUCCAAAUAGAGUUGACAUUAUUAAUACUAAAACUAAAGUUAAAGUUAUCUAUUCUUAAGGUGAUUCUUCAAAAAUUGAUGGCAAUGUAUUUGCUGUAAGUACAAAAGGACUUUCACCUUUACUUUCAAAUUAAAUAAUUAAUGCUACUGUUUAAGAUUGUUUAAAAGAAAAUGAUGGUGCAUUUUAAUUUGGAGAUUGCUAUUAAAUUAAUAUAAAAGAAAAGAAGAUCUUUUUGAUUUGUAUACCUAUGUGGAGAGGUGGUUAAUUUAAUGAGAACAAAAUUAUUGAGGUUGCUUUUAAUAAAUUGGCAAAAUAAAUUAAAGAAUCAUCUUUGAAAUAAAUUGUAAUAGAUGAAGUAGGUGUUAGAUAUUUUGGAUAUCCAAGAUAAGUAUAUUAAUAUAAAUAUAUAAAAUAGGUAAUUGUAUCAAGUUUAAUACAUUCAUUUAAACAAUUUAUGGUUGAAUAAACUUAUUUAGAAUAGAUCAUUUAUACUUCAAAUGAUAGAGCAACAAUAGCUUUGAUUGAAUCUUAACUUAAAUUAUCUAAUCCUCAAUUAUUUUAAGAGGAUGAAAAAUUAGAUAUAAGAAAAAUAGCUAAAAAGAACGACAAUGAUGUCACUUCAGAUUUAGAACAACCCCUAUUAGCAGAAUGA